AAUGUACAUCGCAGUUAGUUUGGAAGUGUUGUAGCGGCCUGUCAGAUAAUAGCUAUAGCAAAGCAUGGCGUCCAGUAGCAGUGUUGAACUUUCUGAGCUACAGCUGAAGUCAACUAGUGAAUUGUGUGAAUUUCUGCGAACACUUUCAAUUCCGGAGGACGUUGUUGACAAAUUUGAGAGUGAGGGAAUUUGUGGUGAAGUUCUACCACUAUCAUUGGCAGAAUUGAUGGAACUGGCACCUCGUAUCGGACCACGUCGAAUACUGCAGAAGCGAAUCCCUCAGCUCCUUGGAUACUUGAAUGCAGAAUUGGAUGACACGUCUGCUGUUUUUCAUGAGAAGAACAUCACCUCUUCUGAAGGUUCUACUUUGGCAGACCAGAGCACAUGCACAGCAAGUAGUCUGCAGAGCACAGCAAGUACAUGUAGUAAGGAGAGCACAUGUGGUAACUCCAGCAGUGCAGGAGUUGAUUCUGCUGGAAAAUCAUCAGAUGAUGCAAUCAUUCUGAUUGAAAGGGACAUCUCUGAUACAGUGAAGUUGUCCUAUCCCUGUGAACUGCCAAGGUUUUCCAAGGUUGUGCACAAGGCUCUGCAGACAGGAAGUGUCUACAAGGAAUGGGAUCAAUUCGUCAGAGAAUCAGCAAUUUUUUAA